AUGUUGCAACGUGGGAUGGUUCGCCUUGCGCGAGCUUCAGCGUUCAAGCGUGUCGGUAACAAUAGUAAUCACUUCAGCUCACUGCGUUUUCGAUCGGUAAAAGAUUCUUCUUUCUUUUCUGUAUAUCCAAAAGUCGGUCUUGUAGCUGCUACUGCCAGCACCAGUAUCGCUUGUGCUUUCUGCUCUGCUCAUAAUGAAGACUCUUUGGCUGUGUCGAAACACAGAAACAAUGCGUCACCUAGCGUUGUGCUGUAUCAAUACGAGCCAUGUCCUUAUUGCUGUAAGGUUAAGGCUGUGCUUGACUACUACAAGAUCCCGUACGAAGUAGUAGAAGUAAAUCCACUCACUAAGAAGGAGACCAAGGCUUUCACGGAUUAUCGCAAGGUUCCAAUCGCGCGUAUUAAUAACGAAGUGAUUGUAGACUCUUCUGCCAUUAUUUCGAAAUUGCGAGAGCUCAUGAAUGAGUCGAAAAGCUUAAAACAAAGUGAUGAAGCUCGAGUGGAAGAGGAUCAUUGGCGUCAAUGGGUCGAUCAAAAGCUUAUUGUCUUGGCGCCACCCAACAUCUAUCGCACGGUACCGGAAGCAUUGCAGGCUUUUGAUUACUGUCUCACAGAAGGAAAUUUUACACUUUUGGAACGUCGUGUGGCUAAAUAUGCAGGAGCGAUGAUUAUGUACAUCAUUGCAAAACGAUCCAAGAAGAAAUACAACGUCGAUGACGAACGGCAAGCAAUCUACUCAGCCCUAACUAGCUGGAUAAAAGCUAUUGGCGACGAACGUGAGUUUCUUGGUGGACACGAACCCAACAUGGCUGAUCUUUCAGUCUUUGGAGUCUUGCGUGCUAUGCAUGGACUUGAUACUUAUAAUGACAUCAUGCGUGAAACUAAUAUUGAGCCGUGGUUUACACGCAUGACAGCAAAAGUCGGGGCUAGCUCACGUAUAGUAAGCAACUAG